CCGUCAAGGUCUGGUUCUUGGUAAACGCCGAGAAAACAAAGUUUUAUUGACAUUGGGCGUGGCAGUCUGGGAAGAUCACAUGAGUGAUAUUCAACCAUUCCUGUCAUCCGUUAUUAAACACKUGACACCUGAAGAUUCCAAUGACAUCACCAUAGUAAUAUCAGUUACCCCUAAGCACAUUGAAGUCGUGACAAAACUACUAAAGGAGCAAUUUUCCUCACACCUCGACUCUGGCCUCGUACAUCUUAUAUCACCAUCAGAGGGCUAUACCAAGGUAUUCACGAAACGCCCUCCCCUCGGUAAUCGCAAUUUGAAGGAUUUUUCAAAGGAUUUCGCUGAUAAAAUGAUCGACUUUAAUAAAAACAUAGGUUUUCUCUUAUAUUAUGGAACUCACCUGUCGGAAUAUACACUCCAUCUCAAUGAUAAAAGUAUGGUUACCGAGAGAUUUUUACCUGUUGUAAAACAACACAUUGAUCGUUACAAGAACGGUACGCACUUUGCGUUAACUUUCAACGGAAUGUGGUUAAUGCAUUCGAGCGCCAUGCACAAUUUGAACGAGUUCUACGCCAUGUUUGGAAAUCACGCGACACCAGCUUUGAUGCAAAAGUAUCUUUCGGUGAGACAAUCCCAUAAUAUUCUGGUGGACACGCAAAGUGAGACAUUUUCCUUGAAGUCAAUUGAAUGCAAACGACCGAAGUCUUCAUUAGAAACAAACAUGUUGGGAUACAAACGUCCAUUUGCGCUUUUCUGGGCCGCGACUCCGAAGAAUAACGAUUACCUACAAAUAACCUUUGAUGAUUCGAUUAAACUAUCAAAUGUUCAAAUAGUGGCAGGGACACCUAUUUUCGCAGACUUGCCAAAAAUGGCUUUGCUUAAAGCGUGUGCCGCCACCGUUGAUAAAGAGUUAUGUAACACUUCCAGCUGCUACCAAGUAACGACGCUGGGAGAUCCCUUACAGAACAUAAUGGGCUUGGAGAAUAUCAUAGGAUUUCAUGUGAAAUGCCUUAGACUGGAGUUCACGGAAGAAGCCGAGAAGUGGGCCAUGAUUCGUGAUAUUGCUGCAUGUGUGCAGUAGCCCCUAUAACAAAGAUCUCCUUAUAGUAUAAAAAUCUGCUUAUCUUGUAGAUGGAGAAAUGUAAAGUAAAAACUGACACUAAUGAUAAUAAUAAAUUUAUAUUGAAGGUUCUCAAAAAGGCUUAGCGCAGGACAAGAAUAGUGAGGAUGUUAGAUUCGAUGUUAGAUAGAUUUCAUGUUAUUUUCACAUAAUUACAUUAAAGGUUUUUUUAAAAAGA